AUGGCCAGUGCACCAGAACAACUGCCCGGCGUCGCGGAGAUGGAAGGAAAAGGCGAUGCCGCUGCCGUGGCCAAGACAGCACCACACGAGACAGCCGCCCCCAGCUCCGUCUCGGAGCCAAGGACGGCGCCAGCUAACGGCCGCGACAGCAGCGGCAGCGACAGCAAUGAUGAAGGAUCGGAUGUCGAACAGGGCAGCGCGCUGCGUAGAUUCAAGACCAACUUUGGCGAGCGUCCGGAGUGCUUUAAGAGUACCUUCCAGGAGAUCUCGUUCGUCUUCCAGGCCACGGUGGCCACGGCCACCACGUCUUUCCUGACCGGCGUGGGUAUGAUCGUCACAGCAAACAUAGGGCGUGAUCUGGGGAUGACCCAGGGUGAGAUCUCGUGGAUAACAGCCUCGACUUCUCUGGUCGCAGGCGCCUUCCAGCUCGCUCUGGGACAGCUGGCGGACCUCCUCGGACGCAAACUCAUGUUCAUCGUGGGCAUGGGCUCGUUCAGCGCAUUCGUCCUGCUCCUUGCCUUUGCGCAGAAUCCGUUUUGGAUGGUCAUCCUGUGCGGCGUUCUGGGUCUGCCUUCAGCGAUGGUCGUACCCCCGGCCAUUGGUAUCCUGGGUGCGGCUUACAAGACCCCGUCGAAACGGAAGAACCUCGCCUUCUCGGCCUUCAGCGCCGGCAAUCCACUGGGCUUCGUGUUUGGCCUCAUCGUAUGUGGCAUCGCCUCAUCGAUCUCCAACUGGCGCGCCGCCUACGUCGUCCUGUGUAUCCUCUGGGCUAUCUUCACCGCGCACGCAGUCUGGGCUGUUCCGAAUGUCGAGAGCUUCGAUCGAGCUCCUCUACGGGAACGGCUUGGCGCUCUCAAGAAGUUCGACUACGUGGGCACGAUCUUGACGAUAUUCGGAACAGGCAUGUUCACUGCUGGUUUAACCUUGGGACCUGAUGAUGGAUGGUCAAGCGCAACCGUCAUCGCUUUGCUCGUCGUGGGCAUUGUUCUGUUAAUAGUAUUCGUCCUCUGGGAGCGUGUAUAUCCUAAUCCUCUAAUGCCUCCUUAUAUAUGGAAGGACAGGAACUUCAGUCUCGUCAUCAUUGUCAUUCUGCUCGGAAUGAUGGGAUUUACCGCUACGGGAUUUUGGAUUGCUUUUUACAUGCAGAGCUUCCAGCAACUUUCGACCAUCAUGGUUGCUGUCCGCCUCCUUCCCAUGGCUGUUGCUGGUCUUGCGUGGAAUGUUGUUGCUGGCCACAUUCUCCACAAGGUCAACAAUACUAUGAUCAUGAUUUUCGGAUCACUCUGUUUCCUCGGUGCAAGUCUUCUUUUCGCGUUCAUGGGACCGGAGAGCAACUACUGGGCCUUCAUCUUCCCGGCUCUGGUUCUCAAUGUGGCUGGCGCUGACCUCAACUUUAAUGUCGCGAAUAUGUAUGUGAUGUCUUCCUUGCCACCGCAUCAACAAUCCCUGGCGGGCGGCAUAUUCAAUGUCGUAAUUCGAUUAUCAAGCACUGCUGUAAUGGGCAUCACCACCGCAGUAUUCAGCUCAGUAGAGCUCACGGCAGAGGGGAUGACAGUCCCUAUGCUUAAAUACACAAGGACUUUCCAGGCUUGCGUGGCCCUCUCAGCUGCGGGUGUGUUGUUCUCGCCAUUCAUUCGGCUCGGCACGCAAGGCAACACGCCCAAGGGACUGGUCAAUGAAUCUGAUAAGUCGCAGGUUGAUACAAGCAAUGGGGAUGGCGUGCCAGAGGAAAAGGAGAAAAUUUAG